AUCAACGCUUUGGACCAAAUCAAGACUCUGGAGCGCAAUCAGGAGAUCCCAUAUAAGGGCGCCUUCUGCGACCUCGUCUGGUCCGACCCCGAGGAGGUGGACACGUGGGCCAUGAGUCCGCGGGGCGCAGGCUGGCUGUUUGGCGCGCGCGUCACGCAUGAGUUCAUGGCUCUCAACAAUUUGGAUCUGAUCUGUCGCGCGCACCAAUUGGUUCAGGAAGGCUUCAAAUACAUGUUCGACGAGAAGCUCGUGACGGUUUGGUCGGCGCCCAACUAUUGCUACCGGUGCGCCAAUGUGGCCGCAGUGCUCGCCUUCCGGUCGGUGGACGAGCGCGAGGCGAAGAUCUUCGAGGCGGUGGCCGACGCAGAGCGCGUGGUUCCCGCGCGAAACGUUUGUCCGUAUUUCCUGUGAAUAAAGUGUUUUCACUUCAAA